AUGUCUGACGUUGAAGAAGUUGUUGAGAUCCAAGAAGAAGAAGUUGUCGAGCAAACCGCUGAAGUUACCAUCGAGGAUGCUUUGAAGGUUGUUCUAAGAACCGCCUUGAUUCACGACGGUUUGGCCAGAGGUUUGAGAGAGUCUACUAAGGCCUUGACCAAGGGUGAAGCCCAAUUGGUCGUCCUGGUCUCCUCUGUCACCGAAGACAACAUCAUCAAACUUGUUGAAGGUUUGGCUAACGACCCAGAAAACAAGGUUCCCUUGAUCAAGGUUGCUGACGCCAAGCAAUUGGGUGAAUGGGCCGGUUUGGGUAAGAUCGACCGUGAAGGUAACGCCAGAAAGGUCGUUGGUGCCUCCGUUGUCGUUGUCAAGAAGUGGGGUGCUGAAACUGACGAGCGUGCCAUGAUUUUGGAACACUUCUCCCAACAGUAG